GUUAGUAAAUGACAAAUCAGGGUUUGUGACAAAAAUAUUGAUUAAUUAACAUUUUUAAUGUAUAACGUUUUCUUUAUUCAGAAAAAUGAAUUUGACAGUUACGCCCCCGUUUAUAGCUAAAGAUCUUCUAAGGGCAUUCUUUUUUGAGCAUGUUCUCAUGAACCGUGAUUUGACGGAGCGAGGAAUUUUUAGUUCCAUCAAGACUUCCAUGUAUGAAGUGUUAAAACCAGUGUUCAUGUUUUCAAUGAUAGCCUUGGGAAUUGCGGCGGCUGCAGUUGGUGUCUGGUUGAUCAGUUUGUUUAUUAGCACCUUCAAGGAUUGUUGCAUGACCUUAACGUUUUGUUCCACCUGCUGCAAGAAUGUAUAUAGAGGAUGUUGUACUCUCUGUCCACAAUGCGAUUGCGAUGAUGAUGAUUACGACUAUGAGGAAGAGAAUGAAGAUGAGAAAAAGAAACAUGAUAAACAACAUCAUCAUCAUCACCAUCACUAACUUGUCUCCCGGCACCCAAACCUUCCAUUGCAUAUUUUGUAAAAUGGAUAUUUUUUUUUGCUAAAUGUUAUCUGUUUGAUUUAUUUAUACGCAAAUUUUGAUUAUAUCUUUCAAAAAGAAAGUUAUAUGUUACGAUUUUGUGGAUUUUUUUCUUUUCGUAUCUUGACUGGAAAUCUUUUCAUAUCGCAUUUAUGUCAAAGCAAAAUUCGGAUAAGAAUUAUACUAAUCAAUUUAUU